GUGAAAUGGGAUACGUGUUAAGGGUGAGAUUUGCAGCCUUCUUCGCCGGUGCUGCGGUGGCAUCAGCCGGUGGUCUCUACCUUCUCCGCAAAGAUUACCAAAUUGCCCACCAAUCUCUCUCUCAACAGAUGAAUGAUGUCUAUGAAUCUCUGAAUGGACGCAUUUCAGCUUUGGAAAGGCUGAAGGAAGUUGAAAGGCUAAAACAAGUUGAUACUGCGAAACAUGUGGAAGCUACUGAGUAGAUGGUCUAAGAGGUUUCCAAUGGAUAAUUGUCCUAUUGAGACAUCAAAUAGAUUCCAUAGGUUCUAGUUGCUGCUCUGGUUCCUUUGUGAUGUACUUGACUUGUUACGUGAAGUUCAGUUUUUUCUUUUGUUUUUUUCUAUAUGACGGGUCAAAAGGCACAUUUUCCCGAGGCGGUAAUGAGAACUUAAGUCAAUUUUGACCCUUUAGGUUUCUGAACUUCGGAACUAUACUUUUGCCCUUCUUUAAUAAGAUGAAAGCUUGAACAACUAA